AUGUACUCAGCUUUCGACAAGGAGCUUCUUGCACUUUCGGCAGCCGUGCAGCACUUCAGAUACGUUAUUGAAGGUCAAGCCAUCACGGUAAGAACCGACCACAAACCGCUGGUGUCGGCCCUGGUCAAACCAUCGGAUAACCUCUCUGCCCUCCAGAGGCGCCACCUAUCGAAAAUUUCCCAAAUCGUUGAUCGAAUCGAAUAUCAGAGCGGCGAAUCAAAUGUUCUUGCUGACGCUUUUUCCCGUAUAGAUAUUCAAGAAGUGCUAGAAGAUGACCCAGACGAAGACAAACAAUUUUCUUCAGCCGUCGUUGCUCCGAUAGUUCCCCACAUCAAAGCCUUGUCCUCAGCGCAAAGAAGCGACCCACAACUACAGGAAUGGAUCGAACGUCAUCACGGAGAUGGCACUAUCCAUCAGCCCCAGCUCGUUGAUUUCAAAGGCGAACAGAUCUGGUGUAACGCCUUACGGAAGAUCCUUGUUCCAACCUCUUUACAACGACAGAUUUUUCACACUUUUCAUGAUGUUGGUCAUCCAGGUAUCAAGGGGUCUACAAGGCUCAUCACAGAAAACCACUACUGGCCAAAGAUUAAAGGCGACAUUUCAUCCUGGGUAAA